AUUGUCUCUCUCGGCGGAUUGGCCGAGUCGACGAGCGACGAGCGCUACCGCGCUAACAACUACAGCAGAGCCACCGCGGUCCUCGCUCGCAAGGUAAGGAUCAUCCGCGUACACCGAACUGACAGCUGUCGCGGACAACGUGAGCCACCCCCGUCUCCCGAGGCCCGCUGUUAGGUUCUUCCGGUUCCUCUCCUCUUCCCAGGCUCGCCUCUCGGACGGACCGUCGCGAGGCGAAUCUCACGCGGGUCGACGGGCGACGAACGGAGCUCGAGUUCGGUCCGCGUGGAGGCCUUCACCGUCGUUUCCCGUGUCACAAUGCGCGCCUCGCGCACCGUCGUCCUCGCCGUCGACCGUCGCUGAGGUCGCACGCCGCGCCGUUCGCGCCGUGGUAGCGCAGCCCCGCGGUCCCCCGCGCUAUGUGAAUGAUCGCCAGGAUCGCUCGUCGCUCUUCCAUAUGACUCGCAAUCGCGAGGCUCCUCGGAUUGCGGAUAUGAACGCGCCGCCCAGGCAACGAUACCUGGACGACAAAUUUAGGGACCCAUGCGUAGUAAAUAUGCACUGACGCGCGUCGCGACGUGUGGAAACCCCGUUAGUAUCCGCUCGCUCUGUUCACCGUGGCACCGCGUACCCGCUCCGUCUGCAGCGAUGCUCUUCAUGUUGCAGCUAAGGUGACGCUUGGUCCUGUCAUGCGGAAUAGAUCGGUCAGCAUUGUCUUUGGCUCCCUCAUCUUGUGGGCUGUGGCUACGUACUUUUUAUUUUUGGACCAACAGUCGGUCGGCAAAGAUCAGGACAAGGACAAGGACAAGCUGUCGAAUCAAAUUAGCAAAUUGGAGAAGCAAGUGAAACAGCAGAUAAUCAUAAACCAGGAGCUUUUGGAGGGAAUCAAUGAGAGCAAACGUCUCAAGAAAAUAGAAUACGAUAGAUUAAACGCCGCUGCCCAAUCGCCGAUAGAUGACGCGGAGACGGAUAAGCACAAGAGACAUGAGGCCAAGAGGGACAAGAGUAUACUACUGGAAAAACUCGGGAGUAAAAAUAAAUGGAAGAUGUCUCAAAAUGAACAAGGGCCGACACAGGACGCCGUCUUAUCCACCGAGGCAACACACAGUACUCCGUCGAGACAGAAGCUUCCAGAUGGAUCUCCAAUAAUAGCUGUUUUGGUCGUCUCUUGUAAUCGUAUUACGGUAGAGCGGUGUCUAAACCAAUUAAUUAAAUUAAGACCUAGCAAAGAACAGUUCCCAAUAAUUGUGUCGCAAGACUGCGAUCAUCGACAGACUGCUGAUAUCGUAUCGAGAUAUGGGAAUCAGCUGUUGCACAUAAAGCAACCAGAUCAGUCUGAUAUUGAAAUACCACCUAAAGAAAAGAAAUUCAGAGGAUAUUUCAAGAUCGCGCGUCAUUAUAAGUGGGCGUUAAAUCAAGUAUUCCUAAAGCUUGGAUAUAGUACUGCAAUUAUAGUUGAAGAUGACUUGGACGUCGCUCCAGACUUUUACGAGUACUUCCUGGGGACUUAUCCCCUAUUAGUGAACGACAGUUCUCUAUGGUGCGUAUCAGCGUGGAAUGAUAACGGUAAAGCUGGCUUGGUGGACGAACACGCACCACAUUUACUUUAUAGGACAGAUUUCUUUCCUGGCUUAGGCUGGAUGCUCACGCGCGACUUAUGGUUGGAGCUCGCACCAAAGUGGCCCAAGUCAUACUGGGACGAUUGGAUAAGACAACCGGAACAACGCAAGAAUAGAGCUUGCAUCCGCCCGGAAAUCUCGCGAACCCGAACAUUCGGCAAACUCGGAGUCAGCAACGGCUUAUUCUUUGAAAAACACCUCAAGUACAUCAAGCUGAAUGAACAAUUUGUGCCUUUCACCAAGAUGAAUCUAUCCUAUUUACUAAAAGAUAAUUACGAUAUAGCCUUCGUCAACCAGGUGUAUCAGUCGACAGUGGUUAGCUAUUCAGAAUUGAAAAGCGGAAAUAUAGUCGCCCCUGGCCCAGUACGGAUACCAUACUACACUCGUCAAUCGUUUAAAAAUACCACCAAAUUGCUUGGUUUAAUGGACGAUUUCAGAAGCGGUGUGCCGAGAUCGGGAUACCGCGGUGUCGUGACGUUUUUCUACAACGGGAGACGCGUGCAUCUAGCACCAAGCGCAAACUGGAGCGGUUACGACAUAACGUGGAGCUAACACACGAUUGUGCUCUACAAAGACUUAUAGAUCGCGCGAUAUUGCGUGCAUCUCUCCUUCGGUAUUUGACAGACUGUGUGAAUACCGAGACGAUUGCCACGAGCUGACAGUGAAGUCCGUAUUUAUGUCUACAGUGUACGGCUAUGCUCCGUAGAGUUAAGUAGGAGCCGGUAUUACAUUCCUCGUGUAAUCGGUUUUCAACGUGAUCUUUUUCGCAAAGUGAUGUCAAAUAUAUUUCAGUAGGUUUACAUGUACGUGAUUUAUGUGUAGAUUAAUAUACAUACGUCACGUAUUGUACGUUUUAAAAAAAUGACAUUCGAUUUUGUUUAUAUACAUAUAAAUGGCUGCAGAAGUGGAUCGCGUAUCUCUUGUACAUAAAAUGCCGUAGUAAUGUCGACAAAGCAAUAUUAAUUGUCACGUAUCUUCCAAAAGACGAGAAUGUGUUGCUUUUAAAAGUCAAUUUUGUUAUUAAAUUAUGUGAUGUGUGACAAAUGAA